AUGAGCGCUGCUGUUGAUGUUCUGAAUCGGGUUGCUGAGCCUGCUUUAGAUACAGAUAAAAGAAAACAUCAGAUUGAUGAAAAUAAUAAUAUGGAAUUGGUAAGAGAAACUAAAAAAAUUAAAGUAGAAUCAGAACCUUCAACAACUGAAAUUGAACUGAAAAAAGAGGAAAUUAACGUUAUCGAUAGUUCCGAUAGUGAAAGCAAAAUAAAAGAAAACAUAAACACUGCAUCUGAGAAUAAACAAGAUUCACCUAUAAACGAUGAAAAUAAGUCAGAUAGCUUGCAACCUUCUGAUAUGUCGACACAACCUAUAUCUACGUUUAGAGAAGUAUGCGAUAAAUGGUCUCAUGAAGUUGAGUCUGCUUUCAUUGGUGCCCUAAGAUUAAUUUUAAAAAAUGGUACCUACAAAAUUAAAUUGCUAGAUAAAAAUUAUGGUAGAAAUGAGUUAAUUUCAAUUUAUAUUCAAUACAAAACAAAGGAGGUAAGAACGAAAAAACAAAUAUCUUCUCAUAUACAAGUUUGGAAAAAAGCCAUUCUUAGUAAGAUGACAAAUGAUGUUCCCUUAAGUGAAUUAGAAAAAGAAGUCUUAAGAUUAAUUGAACAUGGUGUUCAACAAAAUGAACAUACUGUAAAAAUAUUUUACUCUGUAUUUGAAGAAAUCGUCGAUCCAAUGUCUUACAGAAACGAUAAUAUUAAAAUAAGUAAAAGUCAAUCAAAUCUGUCGCUAACAAAUAGCCAUUUGCAUCAAAAUAUCCAAGGACAAUCUAAUUUAAGUAAUUUUCAUAAUGCCGCACCUCACCAAUACACCCAAAUGCAACAACAGAAUAAUGGAUAUUUAUACCCAAGAGCCCAUUCAAUAUCAGCAGUACCUGAUCCAAGUAGUCUAUAUCGUGCUUUGCCAUCAUCACAAAUGCAUGCAGGUAAUAAUGUUUAUUUACAACAUCUACAGAACACAAGUUACCCACAUCUAAAUAAACUGCGGGUAUUAUCUGAGUCAAAUAUAUAUAUGCCUAAUUCAAUGCCUGAGAAUACUGUUAAUAACAAUAACAUUGUUGCAAAUUCUCAAGUUCACCAGUCGCAUUCUCAAAAUGAGUUUACAAAUUCAUAUACAACUAAUGCAAUCUCGGCUGAUCUUCAUAGAAAUAACUCAAUAGCUUCUCAAUCAGAAGAUGCACUUUCCAUUGAUAAGAACAAGGUUCAAUAUCCAAAAUAUCACUCAUACACUAAUAACGUGAUUCCAUCACAAACGAACUCUAACGCUUAUACAAGUCAAUAUUCCUCUUUAAAACUUCCUCCAGUAUCAACUAUGCCAACAUAUGGUGCUAACAACUACAAAAAGUAUCAAUAUUCCUCUGGUGACAAUUCACAACGUUCUAGCCUUGGUCAAAUCCAGGGUAAUGUAAGUAAUACAUCAACAACACUUAAUCAAGCAUCUGGAAUGGGUAAUGGUUCCGUUAGUAAUACUUUGCUUCACCAACAACAUAACUUUAAUACCAAUGGUUUAUUAUCUUACCAACAAUCAAAUAUAACACAGGAAAAACCAGUGAUUCCUAGAUAUUCAACAAAAUCGUUAUAUACAUCUAAUGUAGGUGUUCCAAAAGCACAACAUCCUAUGCCAAUGCCGGAACAUGUAGUUCCUAAUUUAUCCGCAGCAAAUCCUACUAGCAAUUCGCCAUUAUCCAUGGGAAUUUCGUCUCAACAGAAUAUACCAAUACAACAACGGGUUAAUGUAGGUACACCAAUCCGUGCUCAACCGCUUUAUCUACAGAUGCAAAAGUUAUCAAAUGAGGUCAAUCAACCAUCCCAGGUUGAUUCGCAACUUCCAAACGAAUAUAUACAUUAUAAAUGA